GGCGGGUAAACUUGGAUGCCACACUUGUAGUAUUUGUGAGGCACAGGUCGGGUUGUAUUUGACCAUCUAGGAUUGCGGCGCGAGUUCGAUUUGGUCCCGUCCGCAGUACAUUCAGUUUCUCCCGUCACUGUUCACUGUGCGGGAGCGGGAACAGAGAGAGACAAGGAUAGGACAGCAAUGAGGGGGCCAGACAUUGCAAGUUGGUUCCAUCUUACUUCAGCUUCCAACAGCCGGGCAAGAUGUGAGUGCUAAAUACCACAAAGUCUUGCCCAGCGCAUCCAGCGAGUCGUGGAGGCCUGGAGAUCGCCGGUAUCGACGGAUUCUGCCUGGCAUUAUUCAGUACCUGCCGUGGAAGGAGAUUCGGAAACACCUCCUCCCCUAGAGGCUAGCCAUGGGUUCCGCAGUCCAAGGUUCACCUUUCACACCGGAGCAGUUGGAGUACUGGACCACUCAUGAGAGUGACACACGGGUUCCUAACAUCAUCGCCUGCGCUACCAUCACCGGCUUCUUCUCUACAUUGUUUCUCGGCCUCCGGAUCCUGGGACGCUGGUGGCAGCGUAAUGGCUUUCGACUCGACCUCAGCGACUGGCUUUUGAUCGUUGCUUGGGUCUUUUUCGUGACGACAGCAGUCGCAUUUGGUUUGAUGACGCCAUAUGGUGGUGGCCGUCAUGUCAUCUACAUUACCGAUCCCUACAUGCUUCAGGUGUUCGCUAUCGUCAGCGAGGGCUUCUACGGUUUCUCCAUGGGCUUCUUGAAGCUCAGCAUCCUUAGUCUCUACGCGUCCAUCUUCCCAUCCAAGACGUUCCGCUUGUACCUGUGGAUCGUUGCUGUCUUUAUCGCUGGAUGGACCCUGACAGCUUCGCUGGGCGCCUUUCUCCAAUGUGUCCCGAUCCAAAAGGCAUAUCAAAGCAAUCUGGAUGGCUAUUGUAUUCACUUUGGCCAGCUGUCUCUUGUCGUCGGCGUCUGCAAUGUUGUCACUGAUUUCAUCAUUAUCGCACUGCCCCUUCCGCUCGUUUUGAAACUGCACACAAGCGCCGAGAAAAAGCUCGUCAUUUCCGGCACCUUCGCAGCAGGUUCCAGCGCCGUCAUUGUGUCCAUCGUACGGCUAGUCUACUCGCUCGACGUCGGCUCGGUGGACGGCUCCUGGGACGCCAUCCCCGCGGGCUACAUGUCUUGCAUUGAGCUGUGCGUCGGCUUCCUGGUCGUGUCCAUCCCCGUCUACCGCAGCCUGUAUAGGAAGCUCGCCAGGGGCGAGACGGGCGGGCCUACCGGCUGGUCCUACAACGUCAAGUCGGACGCCGUUCCGCUGCGACCUACCGAUGCCGCUUCCUACCCCGGCAUCAGUGUCAAGACCCUGAACGACGGCAGCCACAUCAACGGCAGCGGCAGCGAUGUUGCCAUCGGCUCCAAAAACACGUUGCACACCACAGUAGCGUCCUCGGAUAUGACAGCCAUGAGAAGGGAAACGGGACAGGGCAUCAAUGUCAGAGCUGAUGUUCAGAUGGAAAGGAUGGCAUAUAGAAAUGGGGCCUGGGUACAAGUUCCUGACGAGCCUGGGUCGGAAACUACGAGACCUUACUAAGGUUUCAUUGACGAUCUUGUAUCAGUAGUGUUCGCUUGAACUUGAGAUUAUUAUAUGACUCAAUCAACUAUACUGGCGUCUA